GAGCAAGUCGCACAUCCUUUAAUCACAUCCAUCUAGCGGCAUCCCAUUCCAAAAAGCUGAGCGAGCAGACCCCCCUGGAUUUAAACUGGAAGCGCAUCAUGAACGCAUGGUGGCCCGCCGUCUCUCCCGCGGCCCGCCGCGGGGCGCCUCGAACGGUCGUUGGCAGCCGAUCCACACGUUUACAUCCGCGAGCCGCUGAUGCCAGCGGCAGCAGCGCUAGGGCUGGUGCUCCUCCUUGCCCCUACUGCGGUUGUCGCCGCUGCAGCUCCUCUGCCGCUGCACCUGGGCUGGUGCAAUCGACAUCACCUGUCCCCCAACGAAGCUUCUCGACAUCCUUUCCGACACCGACUACCAGCCAGAGCAGCACUGGCAGUGAAGGUUACCGUCACCACCACCACGGCGAAGACGACGCGUCGCGCUUCCGGUUUCGCGUGCGCCAUCUCAGACCCGUCGUAGGACCGCUGGUUCUGCUAUCCAUUGUCACAUCGCUCGCAUUCAACUAUGCAGUCAUACGGCGCUCGCAGAAGGAGGAGCAGAAAGAGCACACUGCGCGGCUCGCGCUGCUACAGAAUGUUAAAGAUUUGAUGGCACUCAAGAUGGAGGAAACAUGGAAGCCGUCCGAGUCUCCUGCGGAAGGCAGAAAAGCCGAUAAGAAGUUGCGCGAGCAAGAGCUCCGACUGGCCAUCCGCCUGCUGAAAACUUCGCUGUCCCCAUCUUCCGUCGGCCUGGACCCUGCCAUCUGCGCCGAGGCGGAAGCGCAAGUGCUGCGCCAGUACUCCAGCAGCAGAGACGUCCAGCAUCAUCAGAGCUACGCAUCCGAGACGCGCUGGAGCGAGGCGCUUUUUGGUAAACCGGGCGCCAUGAAGAGCAGCAUGCUCGGUGCGAUCGAGAAGGCUAGCUCUGUCUUUCACGGGUGGAGGUCGGGAAGCAGCGCCGGGAGGGAGUCAAACCAUCAGAACCAGGACGAGGACAGAGGGUGGAGCGAGCAGGACUGGGAAGCUGGUGGGUCACACGUUCUUCGACUUCCAUCAUUGUACAAGUGCCGGAGCUGACCCACAUGUAACCUACCGUCCCUCUGUCUGCAGCGAUCCAACGAGCACUAGAGCCAUCGAAUGAUGCCCACGGUGUUGCCUCCACCUCUGUUUCAAGUUCAGAAAACAGUGCCAUCACACCGACUGCACCUCUCUCAACGCCUGUCACACUACCACCAACAUCGACAUUGCAGACGACACGUUCCGCCGAUCAGGCAGUCCACUGCAGCUCUACGGCGACUGCACCAUCCUUGCUUGGCCCUGCGGCGACGAGCGUUGAUCAACGUUUACGAG